GGUCCCUACCCUUCGGAGGCCGGCGUUUCCCGCUUUGAGGGAUCUUGUGCCGCCGCCGCGGCCGCCACCUGGGGUUUCUUCAGGCGCGGGGUUUCCCUGCCAGCCACAAGGAGUCCAGGGAGGAAAAGCGGAGCCUAGGUGCCAAUAACCCAUACCUCCCGCGUCUCUUCCGCCCGAGAUCGCCCCGGCAGGGAUGGGCGACAAGAUCUGGCUACCCUGCCCGGUGCUCCUCCUGGCCACUCUCUUCUCAGUGCUGCUGCCGGGGGCGGCCGGCUUCACGCCCUCCUUAGACAGCGACUUCACGUUCACCCUUCCGGCCGGCCAGAAGGAGUGUUUCUACCAGCCCAUGCCCCUGAAGGCCUCGCUGGAGAUUGAGUACCAAGUUUUAGAUGGAGCAGGAUUAGAUAUUGAUUUCCAUCUUGCCUCUCCAGAAGGAAGAACCUUAGUUUUCGAACAAAGAAAAUCAGAUGGAGUUCACACGGUAGAGACUGAAGAUGGUGACUACAUGUUCUGCUUUGAUAAUACAUUCAGCACCAUUUCUGAGAAGGUGAUUUUCUUUGAAUUAAUCCUGGAUAAUAUGGGAGAACAGGAGCAAGAACAAGAGGACUGGAAGAAAUAUAUUACUGGCACAGACAUGUUGGACAUGAAACUGGAAGACAUCCUGGACCCUACUAUAAAAAUAGGUUUUUCAGAAGAUGUGCAACUUAGGGUGCAUCUAGGAAUCCAUCAACAGUAUCAAGGCCAGACUAAGCAAAAGUGGUCAUAUCCAGACUCUGCUUAGAGCAUUUGAAGCUCGUGAUCGAAACAUACAAGAAAGCAACUUUGAUAGAGUCAAUUUCUGGUCUAUGGUUAACUUAGUGGUAAUGGUGGUAGUGUCAGCCAUUCAGGUUUACAUGCUAAAGAGUCUAUUUGAAGAUAAGAGGAAAAGU